CACCAGAUUUCACCACCGCAAAUUUAGAAAGAAGGAAAAAUUCGUAGUUAAUUUCUUGAAAUAUUGAAUAGAAACUAUUUGAAAUAGUUUAUUUUUCAAGAAAACUGUGUACGCAGAUGUUAAAUAAGAGAAGGGCAUCGAGAGCUUCUACUAGGCUUUGAAUUGGUUGGAUAACCAAGAACGAAAAAUCAACAACGAAAUAUCACAAUUAAUUUGUGAAAUUAUUUUUGGAAAGGGUACAAAGGAAAAAGUGAAUAUAAAUAAUAAGCAACAAUGGCGCACAGGUUAAUUCAAUCAGCGAAAACCAUGGAACGAUAUCUUCGACGAAGCUACAUGACCAAUAACAUGAACGUCAGAGUUCUCAAAAUGAAUUCGGAAAGAACUAUUUCCUUUAUGCAAAUGCCUGCAAUUCAGUUCUUGAUAGAACAAAUUCAAUACCUUUGUAAAAAGCCACCAAAGGGUUUCGAAAAAUACUUUGAAGAAGGGAAACCUCCGAGUAAAAAGGGUUCUGAUGGUAAUUUGUCGAAAUCAAAUGAGGAUAAAUCUUCAGAAUCUUCAGCUGGCAAAGAAAGUGGUACAUCUCCAACAAAUAAAAGUGAUUGGAGUUUUGGAAUGUUCACAAAUAGUUCAAAGGGAUCACAAGGUAAUCGUGGUGCGGGCGGUGGUAGUGGACGGCCGAUUGGGGAAGGCUCAGGAGGCGAUCGCGAAAAGUGGAUCGUUUUUGGUGCUAUCAGUACAGUAGCACUUCUGGCAACAAUAGCGUUCUUUGAAAUGGGAUACAAAGAAAUUUCCUGGAAGGAAUUCGUUAACAACUAUCUUAAUAAAGGAUUAGUUGAAAAACUGGAAGUAGUUAAUAAAAAGUGGGUUCGGGUGCGCUUACUUCCUGGCAAUUCACAAGAUGCCAGCGGCGUUCUCUGGUUUAACAUCGGUAGUGUAGAUUCGUUUGAACGUAAUUUAGAAAACGCCCAAACAGAUCUUGGCAUUGAACCACUUAAUUAUGUUCCUGUUAUUUAUCGCACGGAAGUAGAGGCAUCGGCAUUAACAGGACUUUUGCCUACUCUCCUGAUAAUUGGUUUUUUGGUUUAUAUGAUGCGGAGAUCAGCUGAUAUGAUGGGUGGUGGUCGUGGCAGAAAAGGCGGCGGUUUAUUUGGGGGUGUUAUGCAGUCUACGGCAAAGCUAAUCAAUUCUAAUGAAAUUGGCGUACGAUUUAAAGACGUUGCGGGUUGUGAAGAAGCCAAAAUUGAAAUAAUGGAAUUUGUGAAUUUCCUAAAGAAUCCACAACAAUAUAUUGACCUCGGAGCGAAAAUACCUAAAGGUGCAAUGCUGACUGGUCCGCCUGGUACCGGUAAAACUUUGUUGGCAAAGGCAACUGCCGGCGAAGCGAAUGUACCUUUUAUUAGUGUAUCCGGUUCAGAGUUCUUGGAGAUGUUUGUUGGUGUAGGUCCAUCACGCGUUCGUGAUAUGUUUUCUAUGGCUAGAAAGCAUGCACCAUGUAUCUUAUUCAUUGAUGAAAUUGAUGCUGUUGGUCGGAAGCGAGGUGGUAAAUCUUUUGGUGGUCAUUCUGAACAAGAAAACACUUUAAAUCAAUUGUUGGUGGAAAUGGAUGGCUUCAAUACAACUACUAAUGUUGUUGUUUUGGCGGCAACAAACCGUGUAGAUAUUUUGGACAAAGCGUUAAUGCGUCCAGGAAGAUUCGAUCGCCAGAUAUUCGUCCCUGCGCCAGAUAUAAAAGGACGUGCCAGCAUUUUUAAGGUACAUCUGGGACCUCUAAAAACGGAUUUGGAUAAACAAGAUCUUGCCAGAAAAAUGGCUGCACUUACACCUGGCUUCACUGGCGCUGAUAUUGCGAAUGUGUGCAAUGAAGCUGCACUAAUAGCAGCACGAGAUUCUCUUGAUUCAAUUAUGAUGAAAAAUUUUGAACAAGCCAUUGAGCGCGUGAUAGCUGGCAUGGAGAAAAAGACUAAUGUUUUAGCUCCGGAGGAGAAGAAAACCGUUGCGCAUCACGAAGCCGGUCACGCAGUGGCUGGCUGGUUUCUUGAGUUUGCGGACCCAUUACUUAAAGUUUCAAUUAUACCCCGUGGUAAAGGUCUUGGAUACGCCCAAUAUUUACCCAAAGAUCAAUACUUAUUGUCAAAAGAACAGCUCUUCGAUCGUAUGUGUAUGACCCUAGGCGGACGAGUUGCAGAGGAGCUUUUCUUUAAUCGCAUUACCACCGGUGCGCAGGAUGAUUUGAAAAAGAUUACGGAUAGCGCAUAUGCCCAAAUUGUUCGAUUCGGAAUGAACGAGAAAGUCGGUCAGGUGAGUUUCGAUGGGGGACAACAGGGUGAUCCCGCAUUUACCAAGCCCUACUCUGAAGAAACCGCCCAACUAAUUGAUCAGGAAGUUCGUAAACUCAUUAACAAAGCGCAUCAACACACUACAGAUUUGUUGACAAAACAUAAAGAAGAUGUACGGCGCGUUGCUGAGCGGUUAUUGAAGAAUGAAAUAUUAAGUCGUGAUGAUAUGAUUGAACUAUUAGGACCCCGACCAUUCAAAGAGAAAUCUACAUAUGAAGAAUUUGUUGAAGGUACUGGUUCUUUCGAGGAGGACACGUCGCUUCCUAAAGGAUUACAAAAUUGGAAUAAGGACAGGGAAGAUGAAAGCAAAGACACACCCCCACCGAAACCUGUCCCUACGUCUUAAAUGUGAUAUUUAUAUACAUGAUGUACGGACGGUUUUGAGUCAUUGUAGGCCUUAAUGCUAGUUCUUUUUGUUUUCUUGUUAAGUUUUUCAAUAUGUGAACUGCUUUGAUAAAUCGAAAGCGAAGUCAAGUAUGUAUAUAUGUAAGAGAAUAAUUGAAGCAAUAUAGUCUUCAUUAAAAAUACAAAAACACGUUGAAAAAAAUAAAGUUUUUCACACAGCCGA